UUUUUUGUGCUUCUUAUCAUCUGGGAUUAGAUUCGAUUUCGGUGCUUCGUUCAAUAGAUUCAUAUUGCGUCAUGGUUAAUUUUCCUAUUUCGCCAUAUUUAUGAGAUAAUUUGAUAUAAUUGAAGUUUCUUUCAGCUUUUGUUUGUAAAUUGGACAAAUGCUUGUUAUAAUUUGACGGUGUAAUCUUAACUUCUUUGAAUUUGUGGCGUUUCUAGGUUAAAUACAACCAGUUGUUCUUGCCUCUUUAUUUAUUUCAUUAGUUUUGCCUAUUCUCCUUUUGUGGUGCAAGAUGUAUUAUUUGUGAGUUUCUUGUCAAAUUCUCUUGUCUGUUGUUGAUGUUUGUCUUGAUUUUCCUUUUCUGUUUGUUAAAGGCUACCUUUCACGACUACUAUAAAAGCCCCCCAUCUCGAAAUAACUCCGAAUUCGUCUCAUUCCAUGAGGAGUAGCUGUAGACCUAACUAUGUUUAGCUCUAUAUCGAUAAUUUGACUCUGAAUUGAUAAGAAUAUGUGGAAAUGUCGACUCAAACUGUCUUUGUAACUUCACAGCAGCUGUUUGUUGUUUUCGCAGGUUAUCUGAUUCUUCCUCAUGGAAGGAGAAACUUCGUGGGCCAGUCAUUGCGCGGAUGAGUCGACAAAUGAUGCUGUGCAGUUGGAUUCGUUCUCGGAGCUUGAUGAUGAGGCUGAAAACGAUGUUUGUGCAGUUACUUUGGAUUUGAUCUUGCCCGAUGAUCUGUUAGAAAGGAUAUUGGCGUAUCUCCCGGUUGCCAGCAUCUUUCGGGCCGGCUGUGUGUGUAAAAGGUGGAACGAGAUAGUGAAAUCGAAGAGGUUUUUGUGGAAUAGUGCUCGAGUAUUUAGCGUGAGGCCGUGGUACUUUAUGUUCACUAGCUCGGACGAGCCGGUUGGCUAUGCCUAUGAUCCUGUCCUUCGGAAGUGGUAUGGCAUCGACCUCCCCUGUAUCGAGAAAUCCAAUUGGUUCGUCGUUUCAUCGUGUGGCUUGGUGUGCUUCAUGGACAACGACAGCAGGAGCGAGCUCUACGUUUGCAACCCGAUAACCAGAAGCUGGAAGGGGCUGGACGAGCCCCCGGGCCCCAAAUUCUCCGACUACAGCGCGCUGGCGGUCGCGGUCGACCGGACGUCCCACAGCUACGUCGUCUCGAUCGUCAAGUCGAAGCAAGUCCCCGAGAACUUCUUCCAGUGGGACCUGUCCAUCCACCUCUACGACUCGGAGGCCACGACGUGGGCGACCGCCCUGACGGAGGUCCUGACGGGGUGGAGGGGCGGCGACGAGAGCGUCAUCUGUGGCGGGGUGCUCUACUUCCUUAUAUACUCGACGGGCGGCGGCGGGCCCGACAAUCGGCACGGCAUCGUGACGUACGACCUCGGGAGCCGGCUGCCCCGGCGUGGCGGCAGUGGCUCCCUGAUGAGGAGCUUCGUGCCGGUGCCGUGCCCCCUGACGUGCGGGCGGCUGAUGAACCUCAAGGAGAGGCUAAUAAUGGUGGGCGGGAUCGGGAAGCCCGACCGGCCGGGGAUCAUCAAGGGCAUCGGGAUAUGGGCGUUGAACGGGAGGGCGUGGGAGGAGGUGGCGCGGAUGCCGCACAAGUAUUUUCAGGGAUUCGGCGAGCUGGACGACGUGUUUGCGAGCAGCGGGACGGACGAGCUCAUAUAUAUACAGAGCUACGGCGCGCCGGCGCUCCUCGUCUUCCAUUUAGGUCACAAGCAGUGGAAGUGGUCGCAGAAAUGCCCCGUUGCUAAGCGGUUUCCGCUGCAGCUCUUCACUGGUUUUUGCUUUGAACCCUCUGUUUUAGAUUUAGAUUAUGGUGGUGGAUUACAUUAUUCUUUAUACUCAAGAAUUUGAUUUGAUUUAUACAAUGCUAAAUUGCUACUUCUUCCAUCCCA